AUGUUUCGCCUCGCACCUUUUCUCAUUGGCGCCGCCUCUGCUGUCUACCUUCGCAGCAAUGUGUCGCAGUCCAGUGUCCAUGCGGUUUCCAGCCUGUCCUUCUACCAGGAAGAGCCGCAGUGCCAAUGUGUAGCCAACAAUCCAAACUGGAAGAAGACGGCACGCACCGAGCCGAAGUGCAUCUUCAUCGAUCUCGGAGCCGCAGAUGGCAACACCUUCGCGAAGUUCCUCGAGAACGACUAUGGACCAUUGAAGGACUGCCCAUCCGGCAAGUGGGAGGCAUUUCUGUUGGAGGCGAAUCCCCAGUUUACGAAGGAGCUCUCCUCGCUGGAGGAGAAUUUCCCUGGCCAGGUUCACUCUCUUGCCGAGCAUGCCGCCUUCUCUUGUGAGGGCACAACCAGCUUCUUCAUCGACAAGGAUGCCACUCACAACCACUGGGGAUCCAGCAUGAUGUCGGAUGCCCCAGAUGCCGUUAAGAGUGGCAAGGUCAAGGUUACCGUCCCAAUGUCCAACAUCGUACAGCUGAUCGCCGAGAACGUGCGGCCGGAUGACUGGGUGAUGCUGAAGGUCGAUAUUGAAGGAGCCGAGUACAACCUCAUUCCCUGCCUGGCACAGUUCAGUGAUGUAGGCAUGGUGGACCGGAUGUACCUGGAAGAGCACUGGUGGUUUCCAUCCAUCACAGAAGCUGCCAAAUCGGCCCUAGCGGAAGCGAAGAAGCAGCUUGUGGGCAAGCAUGUGGACAUCCCGAACUACUACUCCGAGACCUGA